AUGCCAUCCAAGUCCGUCCUUAUCACAGGCUGUAGCGCUGGUGGCAUCGGCCACGCGCUUGCACUUGCCUUUCAAGAGCGCGGCCUGACGGUAUUCGCAACUGCACGCUCACUGAACAAGAUGCAAGACCUCGCCUCCCUACCAAACAUCCAUCUGUUAUCUCUCGACGUCACGGAUCCCGUGUCAAUUUCCACCGCUGUGAAAGAGGUGGGAGUACGGACGGGCGGAAGGCUAGACAUACUGGUGAAUAAUGCAGGUCAACAAUUCGUGAUGCCAGCGCUGGAUGUGAACAUUGAGAAGGCGAAGGGUCUAUUCGACGUGAACUACUGGGCAGCUUUGAGGAUGAUACAAGAAUUUGCACAGAUGUUGAUUGCCGCGAGAGGAGUAGUUGUCAACGUGGGCUCCACUGCUGGGGUAGUAACGGUGCCGUUCCAGAGCCAGUACCACGCCUCGAAGGCGGCAAUCAUCAUGCUCUCUGAGAUAUUGCGCCUCGAACUUGCACCACUCAACGUCCGCGUCAUCACCCUUAUGGUGGGUAACGUCGCAUCGAACAUCGACGUCAACGGGCCGCCGCCCGCUUCUCUUCCUUCAACAUCAAUGUAUCUGCCGAUUGAAAAGCAGAUAGCCGCUGAUUAUACGUGGGAUACCAUGCCUACGAAGAAGUUCGCAAGCCAGGUUGUGGCUGAUGUGAUGAGCGGUAAAUCGGGGAAAGUGUGGCGAGGGGGAAACACGGCGAUCAUCAGGUGGGCCGUACCGUUUAUGCCGCAGUGGGUGUUUGACAAGAUUAUGAUAUCUAUUAGUAGGGGCCUCGAUAAGAUGCCAAUGAUAGCUUAG